AUGGCUCCAAAAGCUGUAGACAUACCCACAUUCGCGGGCACUCAGAUAGCCCUCCUCGACGCCGAGCAGAAGUCUGAGAUCGCAGAGACGAGCCACCUCAUCUCGGCCCACUCGCCCUCGGCCCUGCAGCGCGCCGGCGUCGCCAUCACCAACCUGACCGUGUCGUCGCAGCGCACCGGCCUCGGUGGCAAGACGGUCAUCGAGUUGGCCGCGGACUCGGCCGUGUCGGCCUCGGACGGGGAGCUGCCCGAGCACGGCAUCCGCACCGGCGACAUCGUCCUGGUCAGCGAGCAGCCGGCCGGCAGCGCCAAGAAGCGGGAGGUCAAGGACCUCGAGCGCAAGGGCGUCAAGGGCGUGGUCACGAGGGUGAGGAGGGCGGACGUCGGCGUGGCGCUGGACGAGGACAAGGAGGAUGUCGGUGCGGCACUUGGGGGUAGGGUGUGGAUCGUGAAGCUGGCCGACGAGGUGACCUUCAAGAGGAUGAACCAAACCAUGGAGAGGCUGAAGGCCAUGAGCGACUCUGAGCAUUCGAUCUUCAUGAGAGUCCUGUUUGGCCAGUCGAGUCCCACGCCAAUACCCGAAAAGCUCGACUCUGACCCGGAUGUUGGAAAAUUGGAAUGGUUCGACCCGAGUCUCAACGAUUCGCAAAAAGACGCGAUACGGUUUGCCCUGGCAUCAAGGGAGAUUGCGUUGGUUCAUGGCCCGCCUGGAACCGGGAAGACGCAUACGUUGAUCGAGUUGAUCCUACAGAUGAUCAAGAGAGGCUUGCGGAUUUUGGUCUGCGGGCCGUCUAACAUCUCAGUCGACAACAUCGUCGAGAGGUUGUCGCCACACAAAAUCCCAAUCGUUCGCCUGGGUCAUCCCGCACGCCUGCUGCCGUCUGUCUUGAAUCACUCACUUGAUGUUCUCACGCGGAUUUCCGAAGCUGGCCAAAUCGUCAAGGACGUUCGCGAUGAGAUGGACGCCAAACAGGCAUCGAUCAAGAAGACGAGAAAUGGCAGGGAACGCAAGGCAAUAUACAUGGAUCUCAAGGAGUUGAGGAAGGAAUACCGUGUGCGGGAAAAGGGCUGCAUCAGUAACCUGGUCAAGGGAAGCAAAGUCGUCCUGGCAACUCUGCAUGGCGCCGGAGGCUUUCAGCUCCGGAAUGAGGAGUUCGAUGUCGUAAUCAUCGACGAAGCAUCUCAGGCUCUUGAGGCACAGUGCUGGGUACCUCUGCUCUCUGCCAAGAAGGCUGGCGGCAAAGUGCCGAAGGGGGCAACGCUGGAGACUACACUCUUCGACCGCCUCCUGGCACUUCAUGGACCAUCGAUCAAAAGAAUGCUGACCACCCAGUAUCGGAUGCAUGAGAAAAUCAUGCGCUUUCCGUCGGACCAGCUGUAUGAAUCCAAACUUAUAGCUGCCGAUGCGGUCAAGGACCGCCUCCUCAAGGACCUGCCCUACGACGUACAGGCCUGCGACGACACGACGGAGCCAUUGAUAUUCAUUGACACCCAAGGAGGAGAUUACCCCGAGAAGGAGGACGAGGAGGACACUACCAAGAAUGCAAAGGCAUCGCUCCGAGGCGACAGCAAGAGCAACGAGAUGGAGGCUCUGCUCGUCAAGCAGCAUGUUCGGGCUCUCGUGGAAGCUGGCGUCAAGACUGAUGACAUCGCUGUUGUGACGCCUUAUAAUGCCCAGCUUGCACAGCUUGCCCCUCUCAAAGAAGAAUUCCCUGGCAUCGAGCUUGGGAGUGUCGAUGGCUUCCAAGGCCGUGAAAAAGAAGCAAUCAUUGUCAGCCUCGUCAGAAGCAACUCUGAUGGUGAGGUCGGCUUCCUCGGGGAAAAGCGCCGACUGAAUGUUGCCAUGACGCGGCCCAAACGCUCACUGACUAUAAUUGGUGACUCGGAAACGGUGCAGAACACUGCACGGACAAAAGGGACACAUGAGACAACACCAAACCCCACAGAUGAUAAUGAGCUGACCCUUGGCCUCUUCUCGGCAAACAGAGGCAGCAAGUUCCUGAAGGAGUGGAUGGCUUUCCUCGAGGACAAUGCGGACCUGCGCUAUCCUGACUUCGCGUCCUUGACAACGGACGCUUGA